UUUUCGGAGCAAUAGGAUGCAGCAGCAAUAGAAGCAAUAAAAUCAACGGCCGCCAAAGAAUCAGCUUCAUCAGCGGGCUAAAUUCUAGAAAGGAGUUUGUCCACAGUGAUUGAACUAUUUAACAACUAUAUAUAGAAAAGCUGAAAUAAAAAAUAAACAGUUUCAAGUGACUUUAUCAAAGAAAUUCAAAGAGAGUGUGGAAAUUUGUGUGGUUUUUUGGGCUCUGCAAGGACCCUUGGAUUACCUUGCGGGGCGAGUGGAAUCGGGAGCUAUAACUUUGCCGGCGGAUGCCAUUGGAGUGACGGCGAAAUAAACCAGCAGGAAAGGAGCCUGCAACAAGGAGAUAGUUGCUGCAACAACUGGGAUCAAAUAAGGGAUUAUAGCAGCAGCCCUAGCCCGUUAAGUGCUUCAAAGCGAAGGAAUAAAAGGAAAAAAUAUAGGUCGGCUUUACCACCCACGGCCACAUUUUUUCGGGCAGUGCAUAUAUUUUUAAGCCAACAACAAAGACCGCAAGGACGCCGCCAACGGUGAGCAGCGGUUGAAGCGGCGCUGCAGCCGCAGAAAAUGGCCGCAUCCACAAGUGCAGCGGCGAUAACAAUAGCAGCAGCGACUGCAGCAGCAGCAACAUGAAUGAAACCUGCAGCAACUGCAGCAGCAACAUUCCACGGCACCGCCGAUGAUGAUGCAGAUGAUGAUGAUGACGAUGCUUAUGAUGCAGACGACGAUUACGAUGAUGACGACGUUGCCGAGUUGCAGUUUCAAGAGCCACAACACAAUGCCAAGUGCCAACAACAAGCUGAGCGAAGGGGGAAAUUAAGUGCCAAAGGCAACCGCAGCAACAUAGCAACAGCAACAGCAGCAGCAGCAACAGCGAAAAGAUUUUUCUCCAGCCAAACUGAAUCCAAACUAAAUUUGCAUAACAAAACACGUGCAGCGAGCACAGAAGUAAAACCUCCAUUUCCCAGAAGCGUAGUCAAUAAGGAGGCAGCAACAGCAGCAACUGCAGCAAUAUAGCCAGCUGCAACAUGCCCGGCAGCAACAUGUCGCUCUCACUGGGCGUUCGUGGGCGUAGCGCCCUCUGGUUGGCGCUCCUGCUGGCCACCACUGCAUUCUGCGGUGCUGCCUGGGCGGCGCCCACAGUGGGUGGUGCUGCGCCAGCGCCGGUGGUGGGGCAGAAACAGUCGCACCACCAUUACCACCACUUGGAAAUCGGAGUGCAGGGCAAUACGCCAACGCUGAUGGAGGCAAGCACCACCAGAGAUGGGAAACAUGCCACAGUGGCCAUCACUCAGGCACCACCAAAGCCCAGCACCACCGCCACAAGCACUACCACCACCAGCACCACCGAGAUGGCAAGAGCCACAGAUAAACCAGAGGUGGCCGAAGAGGUGCCAAGCGCCGAGACAAAAGCAUCUGCAAUCAGAAGCACCACUGAUAGUAGUACCACUGAAAGUAGCACCACUGGGAAAAUAAGAAUCACUGAGUUCAGCAGCACCACUGAGAAACCAACUGCAAUCAAUGAAACACUAAGAAGUUCUGUCAUAGAGAGAACCACAACAACAGUGGCAGCAGCACUAGCAAGCAAGGAAAUUAAUACAGAAGAUUUGCAAGUGGUGCGGCUAUUAGACUUGGAGCACACAGUGGCACCACCAUUGGACAGUGGUCACGAUGGCCGCAAACUGACCAAGAAGAAGCAGCUGCUGGAGCAGCACUUUCCCACCACAACGGUGGCCACCACCACCAUUGAAACGGAAAUGGAAAGGAUACCCACAACCAGCAGCAGCACCACAACCACCACAAUUUUGAGCAGCAGCACCACCAGCGCACCACCGCUCCCGUUUACAUUCCCGCCGCUGCGACCCUCCAACCUUGCUUUUCUGGAAGCGAUAUUUUCAACGGCACCACCCAUGACCACUGACUUCGCAGGUAUAAAAUCAACCAGGACACCACCGACCCCAUCCACGUUAGCGCCAUCGCACCAUGGCUACUUGGGACCGAUAUUUAUGGGCGAAAGAACUAUCGGUGUGGUGCAUCCGCUGAAGAAACCACAGCCGGCGAGCCACCAGCACGUCGCUUCGAUUGAGAGCCAGCUGCGAAAUGGCCGUUUGGUGGAGAUUCUGGCGCCCACGGCGCUGCUCGAGCAGAUUCCCGAGCCCAGCACCACCCACGCACCACCACAGCUGGGAGCUGCAUUGGUGCUGUCCACCACCGUUUUCCAAGUGCCCGAUCUGCAGACCAGCACCACCCGCUUGCCCACAAGCAAUAGCAAUGAAAAUAAUGUCGCUGGUGGUGCCGAGGUGGCUGCACCACCACGCACCGAGUCAAAGAUCUCGGACAUUCAGAUCGAGGUGUACGAUUCCACGGUGGACUCCAUAGUGGCUUCGACGAAUUUCCGCGACAGCGAAGGCUUCUAUGCACCACCGCAAACCCAUGUGGAAAUUGGCACCACCAAGCCGCCACAUGAGAUGCAGUUGCCGCAGGAGCGGUUCACCCAGUAUGUCAUCGAUCGCGCGGAUGUGUCCACCCAGCCGGCAUCGGGUGGUGUCGCUGGUUCUGGUGGGUCUGGUGGUGCAGCGAUGGGCAAGCCAGAGCCGGCGGCCAUCGAAAUCCACAUCAAUGUGUCCGAGGCAUUUGGCAGCGAAAGCGAAGAUCUGGAGUUCUCCUAUCGACAGCCCUCGUUGGCGGCCGAUAAGCCGGGCAAGUCCGGCGAUGAGAUUUUGGUAGUUGAGAUCAUCGACAGUGGUGCGGACAAUAGCAGCUCGGAGUCGGGCGGCUCAUCCUCCUCAGCGAGCGGGGAGCACAUCAAUCCGAUCUUCACCUUCCGCAACUCGGAUGCGGCGGCUGCACCACCACCCCCCGUUCGCCCACCGCAGUCCGUUCAGGAUGCUGACGAGCUUUUCAUGGCCGAUCUGAAGGACGGCGGUGGUGGUGCAGUACCACGCCCGCCGCCUCCACCACCGCCACCACCACCGCGAAAGCCCAGCAUCGAUCGGGAUUCGGACACGAUCUUUUACAUUUCGAACACAGAAGUCAAGGUGGGUGAAUCGCUGCCGACGAUGGUGCCAGUGGGUGAGCAGCAGCGCAAGUUCCAGCUGGAGAACCAGUUCUUCCCCGCCAGCUAUGUGAUGGAUUCACAGCAGCAACAGUUGCAAUCACAGCAGGCGCAGCAGGCAGAUGAGGACAUCAUAAUAUCGCCACUGCACCACAAUGCGGAUGGAUUGAAGAUCUUCCGCAGCUCCUCGUCGAGCAGUGGCGAUGGAGCACCACCGCUAGACGUGACCUAUGUGGGUGAGUCGGUCAUCGAGGUGGAGCAACAGCCGCAGGGUUGGAGCAGCACUUUGCCACCAGGACAACAGCAGCAGCAGGACAUCGUUAUUCAGCCGGCAGUGCUGCCGGACUUGGCCAUUGGGGUGCCCGUCAUCGGCGAACUUCCACCGCAAAUCGAGCUCAAGGAGAUCGACUACAUGCCCGGCGAGCUGGGAAUGGGUCAGAACGGAAUUGGCAUCUACGAGAACGACAUCCAGAGCAACAGCAUCGACAGCGAACCGGAUGUCGUCGAGAGUUCCAUCCAGUACGGUGGGGAUCUAAUUGACGAUGGAGCCGGCGGUGGCUUUGAUGGCGUUGAGGGUUCGUAUCCCUUCGACAGCCCCGCGCACCGCCAGCAGCAGGUGGGCCUGAGCCACCAGCCCCAUCGCCAGUCCGCCAACCAUUUGCACCGCGAACAGCUCUCUGUUGCGGAAAUGGUCAAUGCCACGCUCCUCCAGCGAUAUGACAGUGGGUCUGGAUCGGGAUCCGGUUCAGGAUCGGGAUCGGGGUCUGCAUCGGCAAUGGCUCCUCUGCUCGCAAGUGGAAGUAGCCGUUCUGGAAAUGCCACUGCUUUCUCGGAAGAUCCUCUGGCUGACUACGAUGGGUUCUUUAAUCUUUUUGCUGUUUCCAUGGGCCUCAUCAUUGUCAUCCUACCCUCAGCUCUUUUGGUAUCUAUGUACUGCGCUAUAAAGUAUGUGCUGAGCAAGAACUCAGGAGCGGGCACGGGUGGCGCCCACGGCGAUGACAGCGAACAGGGCCAGGACUCCAAGCACGAGUCUAAAUCGUCGUCAUUCUCAUCAUCUGGCUCGGCCACCGCUUCAACCAUCCCGCAACCACGACCACGCCCAGUGCCACCGCACCACCGACCGCCCACUACGAGGCCCCCGAGCGGCGUCAGUCAAGGCCAUUUACUGACGCCUGGCCUGGAGUGCCUCGAGUUUCGAUUCGAAGGAGGCGGCGUGAGCAAGGUGGGCGAGGUGGUCCAGGUGGGUCUGGAGGCGUUUGGUGAUGGUAAUGGUAAUGCCUCCUCUAUUGGCGGCUCAAGUGGUGGCAUUGGCGGUGGCGGCUUUGCUCCCUGUGGCUCCGUCACCAAGAUGACGCUCAAAGAUAAUCAUCUGAUUGUUGUCACCGAGGAGCGGCACGACAUUUCACGAAACGCCCGAGAGACAAAAAUGCAUACAGACAAGGAUGGUGUCUUCGUGGUGGAGGUGGCCCGAGGCAUCGACUCCAAGCAGCUGACCGGCGAUCAUUCCGGCGUUACCUUGGAUUCCACCGAACUGCCCUUUGACAACAAACUAGCGCCCAACGGGGGCCAUUUGCUUGAAAAGACUCUGCCCAGCCACGAACAGGUCCAGAUUCAUGCACCGCCCCAGGACUUCGCCACUGGCCAUCCUGCCCCACUGCAUCUCAUCGAGGAGGCCGAGGAGCACGUCGCCGAGGAUCUGAGUCAGCAGGCAGUCGAAACUCCCUCUAACUUGGCACGGACUGGACUCUCGCAAUCAGAUCUCAGCUCGACUUCCUCCAGUGACUCCAACAAGCGUUACUCGUACGGCAACCAGGAGCUAUAUGUUAUCGAGCAGCCGGGCUAUGCCACCAGUUCACCCACAGCAAAGCCCAUUUUGAUAAGUCCAAAUCAAAAUUCAGGCCAGGAUCUGGAACAGAAGUCACAGCUAUCCACCAGUACUGAACAAACCGAAAUCGAUUCAAGCCAAGGAACUAAAAAGUCAGAUGAAGAAGUUGCUAGGCAAGCAGAGGCGGUGAAAGAGGUUAUUUCGGAAAAGGAGGUAGCCAAUCCUCCCCAGAAAGAGGUAGAUACUCCACCUGAAUAUGAGGUGAAGGCCACUCCGAUAGAUGUAAAACAAGAAGAGCCAGUUGUUCCGGAAAAAUUGACAGCGGUUCAACCUAUAGAGGAGGAAGUGGUUUCACGCAAAGAGGAAGAGGUUCCACCAAAAGAAGAAUUGCCUCCGCCAACAGUUGAAGUGUCUCCACCAAAGGAAGAUCAAGUUCCGAUUGAGAAUAAGAUGCAGGAGCAGGAGGAGAAAGCAGACAACCAAGUUGAAGUCCAAACCGAGUCAAGCCCAGAUCCCACUGAUAUGAACGCAAAGUUACCAGAUGAAUCCCUGAAACCAGAGGAGACAGUGGAAAUCCAAAACGAACCGGAGGCCGAGAGCAACUAUGACAGUCUGAUGAGCCUGCCGGCGCCACCAUCCACGGAGGAGAUCAAGGAGCUGGGCGACUACGCGCUCAUGGAGUCCAACCAGUUGGACAGCCUGCCACCACCACCACCGCCACUCCAAGAUGUCCCCAGCACUCCGCCUGCGAGCGGGAGGCCUGCUGCCAUCAAUGUCAGCAAUGAGAAUGGGACUGGCAAGGUGUCGGUGGUGAUCACCGGCGGCGGACUAGUUGGUGGUGGGGCCGAGGAGCCCUCCACCCUGACACCACCCGCCUCGCCGCCCGCUACUCCACCACCAUCGCAGACUUCGACGCAGUACGCUAGCAAUGGACUCACCAAUGGCAUCCAUGCCCUGGUUGUGGUCGAUGUGAACGGCAGUUAAGAAAGGCCAGGUGAGAUGGGCAAAUAAGUAUAUAUGUUUUUUUUUUCAUCGGAUCUCGAAGAGAUCAGCCCGGGUGGCGAUAUUAACUAUUCCACGAGGAGAAGGCUAGCUUGUAAGGAUUACUAGGAGUACUGAAAACCCAAAUAGGGAAAACAUGAAAUGUGGCAAAAACGUUCUCAACCAAAAACUUAAAUUUAAAUAUACACUAAAUAGAGAGAAACUUUUUCCACUUACUGUUUGUUGAUUUUCGAAUAUAACGAAUAAUAACAAUUAAAUGCGAUUAAUAUAAAUAUAAAUAUGAAUCAUAAUUAAUUGUUUGUCUAUUUGCGGCUGGCGGCCUCUCCCCCCACCUACCAUCCACCCACAACCACCCAUUCGACCCACUUCCCUCUCCAUUUCGGGGGGUCGGUGCGGCUAACGAGUAUUUCAAUGUCUAUAAAUCUACAAUAAAGCUAACAAAAAAUACAAAAAUAACAAGAAAAAAAUAGUAUACAAAUGGAAAAGCAAAUACAAAUACAAAUACGAUAAAAUCUGCAUACGAACUACAUAUGAGUAUAUGAUAAAAGAAAUGCGAUACAUAGGCAAACAGAAUAGAGCUAGGUGCGCCAAAAAGAGAGUAACUACCGAUAUGUAACGAUGCAUAAUUAAUUAGGCUAAUUAUUUACACACACAACAAUGCCAAAAAUGGUAAAUGGUAAACGGUGAAUGUCAAACCAGCAGCAACCGCAUAAAUGGCAUAAUUGUAGUAAAUUUAGUUGGGUUCGAUUGAAUGGCCAAUAAGAUCAAAGUGUGUCCUGUGUCCGGAUUCCCAUUGAGGUGUAGGUAUAAAGAGUUUUAAUUAGCAGAAAUCCGAAAGGAAGUCCGAGUUGGUUUCAAAAACAUCAAUUGUUGUCUAGAGGGAUUAUAUUGAAAACGGAUUUCCGAUGAAAACAAAGUCAUUUUAGCUGAAUACCAUAUUCAGGGUCAACAUUAGAAAGUCCUACAAAAUUCCAACUUUUGCAUAUAUUUGAAUACAGUAUUCGGUGAAGCAAGUGGAAAGUUACAUAUUCCGGACAUAGGCACACCCAAAUAUCGUUGAUAUUUCGAUAUUCAGAUUUCGCAAAUAACACAAUUCACAUGACAAAAUCAAAUGUGCCGAACUUUUAUAGCAAGCCAACAUAAUUUACAAAGAGUAACGAACAAUUUAUACAAUGCCAAUACGGUGAGUACAGCAUAAUAUAUGUAACCUUUUAAACGAUAAUCUAGUCAUAGUCCUAGUCUAUAUAACAUAUGUGUAUGUAUAUUUUUUUCGUGUGUGUGUAUGCAGAAAUGAGGCGAAUCGAGGACUUCAACUCUAAGCAAAUGAGACGAGAGAUAGCAAACUAGAUAAACGCAGAUCGUGAACAUUUCCGAUAUUAUUGCUCCACAUUAAUGGUAUACACACAUAUAUACAGCAUAUAGAAGAAAACUUAACUCUUUGAAAUAAAUUCUUAGAUGUUAAGCCGAACGGAAUAAUAAAGUAAAACCCAAAAUCCGUGCACUGCAAGUGGCGCGUUUUAGUGUAAGUAGUAGGAAUUAUCUAUGCCCCGGAUAUAUAGUGAUGGGGUCGUUUAUAGGUGGAACAUAAUCCCUGGCUAACGAUUUAACCACUUUUGUUGUUUACGUUUGUUCCAAUUGUUUUAUUGACAAUUAAGCCCGAUGGUCGAGCGAGCGGGGAUGCCAAUGAGAAAAUAUUAUGAAUAUUACAAAAUGAAUAGCCCAAAAACGAAACACUAAUCGUAAAUCAAAUAUAAAAGUUAGGAAAAGCGUGCAGACAUUUUUUUUGGCGGGUCGAACGAAAUAAAAGAAAUAAGUAAAUGUGAUUGUUAUUUAACCUUAAGUUAUUAUUAAAAUCGAACUUAAACUGAUAUGUGUGUAUGUGCGUGUGAGUUAAAGCAAGUAGCAAGCCAAAUGGAACGAAGCGAAACAGAACGAAACGAAACGAAUGGCAAUGGAACGCUCAAAAGCAAGCGAUAAACGAUAAGCGAUUACCGAUUAACGAUAGCUGGCAACUAGGCGAGUUUCAGGCCCUGCUAAAAGAAAAACAAGAAGAAAAACGGGACUCACCCGAAAUAAAUUCAAAUGAAAUUCAACAUUAAGAACAAUGGCGAACCGAAACCAAACGAGAAAUACACACAGAAAGCAAAGUCAA